AUGUCGUCAUCAACUAACAUUAAGUCAACAAAUCCUCGUCGUUAUGCAUGUAUUACGGAUAAGGGAUGCAUUAUAUUGGCAGCUUCAUUUUCGUUAGUUGUUUUGUUAAUUUGUAUUGUAUUUAUUGUUGCAUGCCGUAAAAAACGACAUCUAAAUCGUAUUCAUUCAGUACAAUGCUCCAGUGUACAACAGAAUGAUUAUAAUUCACACUCGUCUGAUCCACCUCCAUAUAACUGGUAUUCAGAAUCACCACCGCCACCAUAUAAUCAAGUUAAAGUUUGA